CCCACCUUCCUGCGGUCGGCUUGUUUUUGUUGGUUUAAAAGAGAGCAAGAGAGAGAGGGGAAAAAAAAAAAAAAACUGUAGUCAUUUCUAUAGGGUUUACGCGGGUCUUGUCUAUCAGGAGGAGGAUCGUGGUACUAUUUGGCACUGGGUUUUGAUCAUCUGUCUUUCUUUCUUUUUUCUUUUGGGUGCUCCAUUUGGACAGUACAGGACAGCCGAGCAGAGCUUGGAUGAUCCGCCUCAUUGAAAUCCCGAGAUGGAGUUGCUGCUGAUCUGCCUUUCCCUGUGGAUAUUGCAAUGCAAUUCGGCCAAAGCGGACUCAAUCAUACAUAUUGGUGCCAUAUUCGAAGAAAACGCUGUAAGAGAUGACGAGAUUUUCCAACUUGCCAUCUCAGACCUGAGUCUGAGCGAUGACAUUCUCCAGAGCGAGAAAAUCACCCACUCUGUGAAACUUAUCGAGCCUAACAACCCUUUCCAGGCUGUGCAAGAAGCAUGUGAGCUGAUGAACCAAGGGAUCCUCGCGCUGGUCACAUCCACGGGUUGUGCAGCUGCAAGUGCCCUGCAGUCUCUGACAGAUGCAAUGCACAUCCCCCACCUCUUCAUUCAAAGAAAUGGGGAUGGUGCACCCCGCACUGCCUGUCAGCUCAACCCCAGCCCAGACGGAGAGAGUUACACACUGGCUGCACGUCCACCUGUUCGAAUCAGCGAUGUUCUGCUCACUCUUGUCUCUGAACUGCACUGGCAGAAGUUCAUCAUCUUUUAUGAGAGCGACUACGAUAUCCGGGGUUUGCAAACCUUUAUGGACCAGGCGUCUCGGCUGGGUCUAGAUGUUUCCUUGCAGAGGGUGGACCGCAACGUUAGUCGGGUAUUUACUGACCUCUUCAACACAAUGCGCACUGAGGAACUCAACCGGUACCGGGACACGUUACGGAGGGCCGUGUUGCUCAUGAGCCCUCGAGGUGCACAGGUGUUCGUCCACCAGGCUGUGGAAACCAACCUGGCAUCCAAGGACAGCCACUGGGUCUAUGCCAAUGAGGAGGUGAGCGAUUCGGACAUCAUGGAGCUAGUUCACAGCUCCCUUGGUCGAAUGACCAUCAUUCGUCAGAUCUUCCCGUUGUGGAGGGACACCAAUGUUCGUUGUAUGAGAAACAAUCAUCGCAUCUCCUCUCUGCUCUGUGACCCGCAGGAGGGUUAUCUGCAGUCCCUGGAGGUGUCCAAUCUCUACCUGUAUGACAGUGUCCUGAUGCUGGCAAACGCCUUCUAUAGGAAACUGGAGGACAGGAAGUGGCACAGUAUGGCCAGCUUAAACUGCAUGAGGAAGUCAACCAAGCCAUGGAAUGGGGGAUGGUCUAUGCUGGACACUAUUCAAAAGGGGCGGAUAAGUGGCCUGACUGGACUGAUGGAUUUCCGUGCUGAAGGCUCUAAUUCUCAUGUACAGUUUGAGAUUCUUGGGACCAGCUACAGCGAGACAUUCGGGAAAGAUGUGAAACGGCUUGCAACUUGGGACUCCACUCGUGGUUUGAACGGUAGCCUAAAGGAGAAUCGGAUAGAGAGCGGUAUGCAUGGGGUAACACUCAAGAUUGUAACAUUACUGGAAGAGCCUUUUGUGAUGGUGGCAGAAAAUAUUCUGGGCCAACCCAAGAGAUACAAGGGUUUUUCAAUUGAUGUGCUGGAUGCCCUCGCUAAGAUCCUGGGCUUCAAGUAUGAUAUCUACCAGGUUGGAGAUGGAAAGUAUGGCUCAGCACUCCCUAAUGGAUCCUGGAAUGGUAUGAUUGGCGAACUCAUUGGCAAGCGUGCUGACUUGGCCAUAUCAGCAAUCACCAUCACGCCAGAGCGCGAGACUGUGGUUGAUUUCAGCAAACGCUACCUGGAUUACUCAGUGGGAAUUUUGAUGCACAAGUCAGAAGAAAAGAUCAACAUUUUUUCUUUACUGGCACCAUUUGACCUGGCAGUCUGGGCGUGCAUUGCCGCAGCCAUCCCUGUGGUGGGCAUCAUGAUCUUCCUGCUCAGGCGCAUCCAGGCAGUGCGCUGCCAGAACAAUACAGCCGGUCAUCCUCCGCCUACCGUUUCCACUUCGCUUCAGAGCGCUAUUUGGAUUGUCUACGGUGCUUUUGUGCAACAAGGUGGUGACUCCAUCCUGGGAUCAGUGGCUCUCCGUAUCGUCAUGGGCAGCUGGUGGCUUUUCACCCUUAUCGUGUGUUCAUCCUACACAGCAAACCUGGCAGCCUACCUCACCGUGUCACGCAUGGACAAUGCUGUUCGAUCAUUCCAGGACCUGUCCAAGCAGGUGGACCUGGUUUAUGGGACAGUGAGGGACUCGGCUGUGUAUGAGUAUUUCAGGGCCAAAGGCACCAACCCUCUGGAGCAAGACAGCACAUUUGCCGAGCUCUGGAAGGUCAUCAACAAAAACAACGGCUUUGAGAACUCUGUAUCCAGCCCUUCAGAGGGUAUCAAGAAGGCGAAGCGCGAGUCAUAUGCCUUUCUGUGGGACAUGGCAGUGGUAGAGUAUGCUGCUCUGACAGACGAUGACUGCACGUUGACUAUAGCGGGAAACAGCAUGAGCACCAGAGGCUACGGCAUGGCCCUGCAGCACGGCAGUCCUUACAGAGACAUCUUCUCACAGAAGAUUUUGGAGCUUCAAGAAAAAGGUGAUCUCGACAUCUUGAAGCAGAAGUGGUGGCCGAAGAAAGGUCGUUGUGACCUGCAGAGCCACACAGAAGCCCAGCCGGAGGGACGAGCACUCCGUCUUCACAGCUUUGCCGGUGUCUUCUGCAUCCUUGCUGCAGGGCUCCUGCUGGCCCUCCUAGUAGCUGCACUGGAAACAUGGUGGAACAGCAACCAUUGCCGGCGAGAGCAGCCCAAAGAGGUGACUAAGGAUUACGGUCUGCAAAGGGUUUCUGGAUCAUUGACAUAUAAUGACAUAACAAGCUCGUUACCAGAAGGGAGGCGGGACAUUUGGACUGACAGAGAGACAGACUGGGAGGAGGCCGUGGCUCUUGACACAGGUUCAGGAGAGGUUCUAUACACGCUCUUUGGCUCUGCCUUUCUUUCCCGUCUAUUUUUAGGACAAAGAAGUGAACCUGGAACAGGUCCAUCAACGUUUGAACAGCCUCCUGGACGAGGACUUAGCCCACAAGCAGCUGCCAGGCCAAUCUAUAGAGAUCUCUGCCCUGGACAUUGGCAGCAUGCAACCCAGCCAAUCUCUGGAGGCUUUGUCUGUUCGGGAUUAUCCAGCCCAUCGCGGACCACCACCACUCUCUGUGCCCACCUUCCUCCAGGAGGGUCAUGGGGCAGGAAGGACACUGGGCGUGUCCGCUGGCAGGACCUUGCCUCUGCCCCUCAGCAGUGCCACCAUGCCCUCUAUUCGCUGCAAACACAGGGCACCCAACGGGGGGCUCUUCCGGCAGAGCCCAGUCAAGACACCCAUGCCCAUGUCCUACCAACCAGUGCCAGGAGGACCCAUCCCAGAAGCCAGUGACGCCAGCCAUGGGACAUCCAUUUGAGCACGCUGAACAUUCACAGACACUCAAGCUCAAACAGAAUAGUGAAGAGCUCAUCCGAGUGCCAACCAGUGUGACGAGCUAUAAAUAAAAUGCUAAAAAGGAUUUUUAUUACCAAUGAGAUGACACAUGAAAAGACACAAAGACUUUAAUGUACAUAUUUGUAAGUACAAAGAGAGAGAAGCAACAUUAAAAAGUGUAUUUUGAAUAUUCUCAACAGUUGAGUUUAAAAAACAAAAAAGUAUUAAAAAAUGACUGAAUGGCUUGUAAAUUUUGUUCUAAAUGAAUAAAGGUGACAAUUCUUUGUGGUUGUUUUC